AAAAUGAUAACUCUAAUUUCAACUCCAACUUUAACUUCGAUUCAAAAAAAAAUUAAUUUUGAUGGCCAAACGCUGGAUAGCUUUUGGUAUCUUCACCAAUCGUCGGAUCGCUAAUUUUUGAAAGUUCUUAUUUUAAAUUUAUUAUAGCAGAAUUGACCUGAAGAGUUGUUGAAUUUAGAGAGGUAUGGAAGUGGGUAGACAAGAUGGGCGAACAGCGAAUCAAUUGAGACCAUUGACUUGCACUCGUAAUGUUCUUAACCGUGCUCAUGGCUCCGCAAGUUGGUCUCAAGGGGAGACAAAAGUUCUUGCCGCUGUUUAUGGACCAAAAGCUGGAACAAAGAAGAACGAGAACCCUGAAAAGGCAUGUUUUGAAGUCAUUUGGAAGCCAAAAACGGGGCACGUUGGUAAAGCAGAGAAGGAGUAUGAGAUGAUUUUGAAGAGGACCGUGCAAAGCAUUUGUGUCUUGAACGUUCAUCCAAAUACCACUACGUCAAUUAUCAUUCAGGUGAGACAGUCUAAAAGUUAAAAAGGAACUUCAUUCAAUAGGGGCAUUUGUUAACCUCAACUGCAGCAAUUCAGACGAUUACCAGUCAGUUUUCCAACUGUUUAACUGUUGGGGAUUUGUAUGUCAGUAGAAAUGUAAAAAACUUCUAGUGUAAGACAGCCUAAACUAUUAAACACUGGAAUGGAAGUGGUUCAAAUGGGAGCAAGAUGAAUAGUGAGUAUUCAUGUAGCUGACUCCAACUAGCUAGGGAUUGAGAUGUAGUAUAUAUAUGGGGUUUAGGUCUUCAUUCUGGUGGUGGACGAGUUGUUAGCUUUGUACCAUAGCUAAGUCUGGGUGGAGAACUUGAAUUGCUUCUUGAAGGAAAAUGUAACUCCAACUUAUCUUACAUGUUUACAGAGAUUGUAGUUCUUGAAGGAAGUCGGAAGGCAAUAAAAUUACUAGGGAAGAAGUGAAACUUUGGACAGUUUCUUUUUUGAUAAGGUUAAUGAUUUCGUUGUUACUGGGGAAUUCCCCCGAAUACAAGCAAUAUACCAAAAAGUAGA